AUGGCAGCAUCAUCUUCCCCCACCAGCAUUCCCCCGCUUCUCGACCGCAGCAACAAACGCCAUCGCUUCCUUAACCUAGACUCCUCCGAAUCCACUCCUAGCGACACCAGCUCCAUCUACACGGCCGACAACUCUAACGCGGCGAAGCCGGCGUCGCCUCGCUCCCACUUCCAUGAAGCCCGUUCCAGCGGAGAAGUGCAGAGAGCGCGUGCAAGGGCACCGACUACACCGCAUGGGCCGGGAAUUGCCGUGCGCUUCACCAACCGCCCGGACGCCACGCCCCUGACGACGAUCCUUGAGCAACGGUCUGCGUCAACGCUGCGUGAGAGGGCUUCCCAGCUUUUGGCGAGGGCCAGCUUGCACCAACGCCCGUCAUCGUCAGUGCGCCCAGACACGCCCGCGGCUGCGGACCAUGGUACCCCAACUGACAGGAAGGAUGCCGCCGGCACGAGGGUAGAUGGCGUCAACAGGCGUCAGAUCUCAUGGUCCAUCAAUGUCGAUGAGGCCACGCUGCGCGAGCUACAUGAGAUCAUUAGCAGCCAGCGACCCGCGCGCCAGGAUCCCAAGAGCGCCUCCAGUCUCGGCUCCUCGCCCGGCACUGGCAGUGACCCAGCCCGGCCUUUUUCGCCCAUCCAUCCUGCCUACGCCCGCAGCUCCACGCCCAAGGGCGCGCCGCGCUGGCCGGGAGAUCUGCCGACGAUGGUGCGGGCCCCUACGCGAACGGUGUCGCGUGCGAGGAGCGUUGGGCACGCUCUGCGUGACUUUAUCCGCGGGCCUCGAGGUAACAUGCUCUGA